AUGGGCUGGGCGCUGCGCUGCGGCCUCUGCCUGCUGCUGUGCCUCGCUGCGGCGUGCYGGGAGGCGCAGGCUGCCCAGGGGAACAUUCUGGGGGCAUUUGGGGCGCCGGUUCUUCCUGCUGAACCACUGGUUUCCCCCUCACAGAACUGCCUCAAUAAGCAGCAGCUCCUGGCUGCCAUCCGCCAGAUGCAGCAGCUGCUGAAGGGCCAGGAGACCCGCUUCGCYGAGGGCAUCCGCAUGAUGAAGAGCCGGCUGACCACGCUGCAGAACACCGUGACCAAAACUACUGCCCUGGAYGCACCUGCUGUGUCCUGCCCUGACCUACAAGCUCCCGUGGAYGGACAGAAGUUUGGUACGAAGUAUUUGGUGGACCAUGAAAUCCACUUCACCUGCAACCCGGGCUUUGAGCUCCAGGGCUCCAGUACGCGGAUGUGCCAGGCGAAUGGCAGCUGGACUGGAGAGGAACCUCAAUGCAAAGGUAUCAGCAAAUGCUCCAGUCACCCUUGCCAGAAUGGUGGGACGUGCGUGGAGGGGCUGAACCGGUACGAGUGCCUCUGCCCCCAGGAGUGGAGUGGAACGAACUGCCAGUACCAAACGCAGACGGCCCCACCGGCGCAGAGCGUCACCAGCGACUCGGCCUUCAGCCGCCGGCCCCGCUGCGCCAAGACGGAGCGGAGCCAGCACUGCAGCUGCGAGCCGGGCUUCCACAUGAGCGGCACSGUGGACGACGGCCUGUGCCGGGAUAUCGACGAGUGCGAGGUCUACAGGCUGGACGGGGGCCCUCGCCUCUGCGUCCAUCAGUGCGUCAAUGUGCCCGGCUCCUACCGCUGCGCUUGCCCCCGUGGCUACAACCUCCUCGGCGAUGGAAAGAGCUGUGAAGACAUAGAUGAAUGCGCCCUGUCGCAGAACAACUGCACGAGGGGGACCACGUGCGUCAACACAGGAGGGGGCUUUCAGUGUGUCAGCUCAGAGUGCCCCCAGUCCAGCGGCAAUAUCASCUAUGUGAAAACAUCACCCUUCCAGUGUGAACGCAACCCCUGCCCAAUGGACAGCAGAGCCUGCCACCACGCACCCAAAACCAUCUCUUUCCACUACCUCCCGCUGCCAUCGAACCUGAUCACUCCCACCCCUCUGUUCCGCAUGGCGACCGCCUCCGCGCCCGGCCGGCCGGGGCCGGACAGCCURCGUUUCGGCAUCGUGGGAGGCAACAACAGAGGGCACUUCGUGAUGCAACGCUCCGACCGGCAGACCGGGGAGCUCAUCCUCGUGCAAAGCCUCAAGGGCCCACAGACGAUAGAGGUGGAUGUGGACAUGUCCGAGUACCUGGACCGUGCUUUCCAGGCAAAGCACCUGUCCAAAAUCACGGUCUUCGUGUCUGCRUAUGAGUUCUAG